AUGUUCCUCUACCAGCUGCUCAACUUUUUCUUUGCAGCCACCAAAAAGGAGGAGGACUCCAUGUAUGACCUGUCCCUGUACAAGCGUGGAGACUUGCUGGAGGUGCCCAGGACAUUAUUCACACAUUUUGGUAUUUACCUGGGUGACAAUCGGGUGGCUCAUCUCAUUCCAGACAUCCUGCCUGCCAUCACCAAGGAUAAAUCUACAAUAGCCAAGAUGGUGACAAACAACCGCCUGUUAAUGGGUGUCCUCGCCAAGGUGGCCAGCGUCAGAGUGGACUCUGUGGCAGACUUUGCAUAUGGCUCUGACAUCCUGAUUAACCAUAAGGACAAAGUAUGUAGGCAGCCCCCAUUGGAUGGGGAAGAAGUGGCGCGAAGGGCUGAGAAGCUGCGGGGAUCAGUUACCUACAGCUUACUGUGGUACAACUGUGAACAUUAUGUCAUGUACUGCAGAUAUGGCAUGGCCAUCAGCUACCAGACAUACCAGUUUUGCACCACAGUACGUAAGAUUGUGUUCAGCAGAAUGAAUGCCUACCUGACUGCACUGUGCGGUGUGUGCUUCAUGCUCUGCCUGAGCUGCGUGACGCCGCUGACGGUUGUCCUCACCGUGCUCGUCUCCUUCACCAUCUGGAUGGCUUCCUAGGCUCCGGAUAAAAGACUGACAGAUAAAAAUGAAGUGCAGCAAAAUUGAAAUAAUAUGCAACAGGAACUCCCGGUUUUACAUGCGGGUUGUUAUUCCAGCAAGGUGAUUUUAUAUUGUUUGUUUUGAUUUCAUUUGUUUUUUAUUGUCUGGUACCGACUGGAAAUUCAUCUGCUAAACACUUUUUAUCGGUAAUGGGUCACAUAUACAUGACUUCAAACAUUUGAAGUAAAUAAUUGCGCAGUUUACUAAUGUGUACAAAUGUGGGAUCACAAACGUCAAGAGAACCAGUAUAAACCAGGAAAAUGAAGAUAAUCAGUAAUUAGACAACUGCUUCAACAUACAAUGUUCUCCAAUGAUUUAGCUAACCCUUGGUUAAGAUGUGGAAAAAGCAUUAAAAGAAAUUGAUCUUU